AUGGAGGGCGAGGGGAGCAGAUCGAAGACGGUGUGCGUGACCGGCGCCGGCGGCUUCGUCGGCUCGUGGCUCGUGAAGCGGCUCCUGUCCACGGGCGAGUACACGGUGCAUGGCACCGUUCGCGACCUCGGUGAUCGCAAGACCGGCCACCUGAGGGCGCUGGACGGCGCCGGGGAGCGGCUGCGGCUGUUCAAGGCCGACGUGCUGGACUACGCCAGCGUGGCGUACGCCGUGUCCGGCUGCGGCGGCGUCUUCCACGUCGCCAGCCCCGUCCCCGCCGACAAACCCCAGAACCCAGAGGUGGAGGUCCUGGCUCCGGCGGUGAGGGGCACGCAGAACGUGCUCAAGGCCUGCCACCAAGCUAAGGUCGGCCGUGUCGUGGUAGUGUCGUCGGCCGCCGCGGUGGCCAUGAACCCCAGCUUCCCCAGGGACGCCGUCCUGGACGAGGACGCGUGGUCAGACGAGGACUACUGCAGAACCACCGGGAUGUGGUACGCCCUCUCCAAGACACUGGCCGAACGCGAGGCUCUGGCUCACACGGAGCAGACCGGCCUGGACGUGGUCACCGUGUGCCCGCCCUUGGUCCUCGGCCCGCUGCUGCAGAGCGUGGCCAACACCAGCAGCUUGGUCCUCAUCAACCUGCUCAAAGGCGACCCCGACACCGUGGAGGACAAGGCGAGGAACGCGGUGGACGUCCGGGACCUCGCCGACGCGCUCGUGCUGGCGUACGAGAGCCCGGAGGCGUCUGGGCGGUACAUCUGCGGCGCAUAUCGAAAGAAGCUCUCUGAAAUGGCCGGCAUCGUCAAGAGCUUCUAUCCAGAUCUUAACCAGCCAAAGAUAUUCGUUGAAGCAGAAGACGAGGACAAGAUGGUGAGCUCCAGGAAGCUGCAGGCGCUGGGGUGGAAGUUCAGGGCGGUGGAGGAGUGCCUCAGGGACAGCGUGGAGUCCUACAGGGCCGCUGGGCUGCUGGAGUGA